UCUGGUGUCCCCAACCCUCUAUAUUUCUAUCCAUAUGCCGUUGAAGAAGCACCUCAUCUUCCUCUAUACCCUCUUUCUCAACCUUCUCCUCACAGCAAUCCAAUCCAAUGAUAAUGAUCGACUCCAUUGACAAACAAUCCAACCGAUUACCAUACCGUCCAAUGCAUCCUCUUUCCGCCGACACUUUCCUCCCGAUGUACUCCUCAGCCUUCACAAUUCCAGAUCUAGACAGCAAUCUCACUCACACUCUUCCGGUUUCCAGAAAACGAUCACGAGAUUCUUCCUAUAUGUGUUCCUUCUCCGACGCUCAGGACGUUAACCGGAGGUUAGUAGAUCAGUCUGAUAGGUUUACGUUUCUCGGCCAUGAUAUUUCUUCUCAGAUCCGGCAGCAGCAGCUCGAGAUCGAUCAGUUUGUUGACCGACAUGCUGAAAAACUAAGAGCUGAUGUAGAAGAGAGACGAAGGCGAAACUCUAGUAAACUAAUAUCGGUAUUGAAAGAAGGCGCAACAAGUAUAUUUAGAGCAAAAGAAGAAGAAAUCAUGAAGAUGAUGAAACUAAACUAUGCGCUAGAAGAAAAAGUCAAAUCUCUAAGUAUAGAGACUCAAAUCUGGCGCGAAUUAGCGCAAACAAACGAAGCAACAGCCAACGCAUUACGAAGCAAUCUACAACAAGUACUGGAGCAGCUUAUGAAUGACAGUUACAAACGUAGUAGGACGACGGUAGGUGGUGAGGAUGACGCGGCGGUGGUGGUUGUGGCGGAUGAUGCACAGUCGUGCUGUGAAAGUAACAAGGAUGAGGAGCGCAUGUUAGUGGAGCAGGAUAGUGGUGACAGUAAUGUGAACAGGAGGAGAUUGUGCAAAAGUUGUGGGAAAGGAGAGGCAUGUGUGUUGUUGCUGCCUUGUAGGCAUCUUUGCCUUUGUACAGUAUGUGCUUCUUCUGUCCAUAUAUGUCCUGUCUGUAAAUCUACUAAGAACAUCAGUAUUCACGUUCACAUGUCCUGAAUUGUUUUAUUCUUUUUUUUUUCUCUCAUCAUUUAGUUGGGAUAUAGAAUCAGUUAAUUGAAAGUUGUGAGCAAUUGUGGCAAUCACUAUUAUUGGUUUAUUUUAUGUGGAUGUAUAUACCCUUGUUUUUUUUUUAAGAU